AUGAGCGAUGAUAAUAAUGUAGUAUUCAAAGAUUUAUCAGCUGAUGAUGAAGAUCAAGCUCCUCUUGAAAUUGAAUCUUUUUGUUUUAAUUGUCACAAAAAUGAAUUCCUUUUUACAAACAGUAAUAAUGAAAUACAAAGUGGUGAAAAAGUUCAAGAAUUUGGAACGGAAAUAGUUUUAAAAGUUCAAAAUGAAACUGAUUUAAAUAGGCAAGUUGUAAAAAGUGAAUUUGCUCAAAUAGAGAUACCAGAACUUAAUUUAGAAAUACCACCAAAAAGUCAACCUGGAGAAAUAACUACUGUUGAGGGUAUUUUAUUAAGAGUCAAAGAAGGAUUAGAACAAAAUCAAGCUCAAAGGAAAAUUGAACAUCCUGAUGAUGCUAGUAAAAUUGAUGAAUUUAUUGAAAAAUUAGAAAAUUUACGUACUCUUAAAUCAUGUUGGACUUUGAAACUUAAAGAUGUUUCUGGAAAUUGUUAUAUUCAAAAUCCAGAUCCAUUACAUGUUGAUCCUCAUUGUAUAACAUCUCAUUACUAUAGAAAUUUAGCUGAUAGAAAAAUACUUGGUUUUGCAGAUGAUGAUGAUGAGGAAGAUGAUAUAUCAAAAGAUCCAGAUACACAAUGGAAAUCAUUUGAAGAUGUUAAACAAGAAGUAUUACAUUUUCCUUCUAAAUGUCCUAAUUGUAAUAAAAUGAUUGAAACUUUAAUGAAACCUACAGAUAUUCCUUAUUUUCAAACAGUUAUUAUUAUGUCUACAAAGUGUGAUGAUUGUGGUUAUAAAUCUAAUGAAGUAAAAUCAGGUGGUUCAUUUCAAGAGUAUGGAUGUAAAUUAUCUUUAAAAGUUAAAAAUGAAAUUGACUUAGCUAGAGAUGUGUUGAAAAGUGAUACAUGUUCUUUAAAAAUUCCUGAACUUGAUCUCGAAGUUGGUAUGGGUGCUUUGUGUGGACGCUUUACAACUGUUGAAGGUCUUAUUACAGCGACAAAAGAACAAAUUGAAGAACAAGGUCGUUUUUUUAUUGGAGAUAGUGCUGUCGAUGAAGACAAAGGAAAGUUUCAAAGUCUGAUUCAGAAGUUUGAUGAUAUUGUUGCUUUAAAAUUACCUGUAACAAUUAUUCUUGAUGAUCCAGCUGGUAAUAGUUAUAUUCAAAGUGUCACUGCACCACUUGAUGAUCCUCAACUUGAAAAAGUCUUUUAUACUAGAUCAUAUGAACAAAAUGAUGAAUUGGGAUUAAAUGAUAUUAAGACUGAAAAUUAUGAAAAUGAUACUAAUAAUAAGAUGGAUGUAAUUGUUGAAGAAGAAGAAGAAAAAGCAUAG